AUGUACGAUAAAGAUUCUAUUGACGUUUUAUCUUCUCAAGAUAAUAUUAUAAUUCUGAAAAAUCCACCAAAAUACAUUGUUGUUGAAUUAAUUGGAAAAACAUCUGGUUCUUACAAAACACUUCUACCUAAUUAUGUACUUAUUUAUUCACUUAAACGUUCCUGUGUACACAUAAUCUGGAAUCAUGAUGGGUGUACCCUUGAGAAAAUAGUUAUUGAUCUAUCAGGAAAGCAUGCGAAUAAUAAUACAUACGUAAUGCUUUCCAGGGCACAAAGGUUGGAUGAUUUAUUAAUUUUAAAACCAUUCGAUGAAUCCAUACUGAAUAUGCAAUUAUUUCCUGCACUUCAUGCUGAACUUGCACAUAUCGAAGAAU